AAGGGCCAAGAAGAUGAAGGUGAUGUUACUGUUGUCCCUGUUUCUUUAUGCUAGUAGUACAACCAGUGGAUCUUACUGUAUGUCUACUGACUGUACUAAUCAAGGUACUUCUGGGUCCUUCUCAUUAUAUCUAAGAGUCUGUUGUGUUAUGGAUAACUUGGGAAGGAGUUUUACUAUCAAAGGGAAUGGCAUCAGUAGAUACAUUCUCUGUCCAAGUGUACUACCAAAGCCUUGUCAAUCAGUAAGAAGUUGCAAGGACUUAAAUAGCACUAUCAAUGGUGACUACACUAUAUAUCCUGAUGGAGUGACCCCAGUAGAGGUAUACUGUGAUAUGAAUGGUAUCAAUUGUGAUGGAGAAGAUGGUUGGACUAGAGUAGGAUAUUUUAACAUGACUGAGUCUGAUGCUACCUGUCCUGCUGGACUAAUACAAAAGAACUUCACUAACAUUGAUCACCCACUGUGUGGUAGACUAGCUAACAGUUCUACCUGUAUUUCAACUACUUUCUCAUCUAACGGACUAACAUACAAUAAAGUCUGUGGGCAAGUUAGAGGAUAUCAAUCUUUUAGAGCCCGGGCUUUUCUUAAUUUUCAAAAUGAUAUUGAAAAUUUUACUGUUGAUGGUGUAUCCAUUACUCAUGGAAGCAAUCCUCGUAAACAUAUCUGGACAUAUGCA